AGUUAUCUUGGGCUUUAAUUAAACUAGAAUCAGUUUGCUAAUAGGCCGCUAGUCAUUUACUUACGGUAAACGCGUAGGCAAUUAAUUACAAUUUUCUUGCAUCUGGAGCCUGGAACUGGAUGGGACAAACAACAAAAUACAACAUUUUCGAGAUGCAAAAACGCCCCAAGUUAGUUGUGACCGUGACGGUUUAACCGGAUAUACGUUAUUUAUACCCAGUACCACACAGUCCUGUCGGCAUUGUCCCACAAUUCGUUGAAUUUCCACAGAGAAAUGGAAACGUUCUUAUCUUUGGCAUUUCUUGCUGUGUUCGCUGCCCUGGCAUACGGAGCAAGCGAUAGCAAAGGGAAGAUGUUCGAAAUCAAAUCCGUCGCAGUGGAUUGUGGUCAAAAGAUCCCAGACGUCGCCAGUAAAUCGGCGGACGAUUGCGGUAGCAAGUGCCAGAAAGACGCCAACUGCCGAUUCGCAUCUUACAACAUCAAGGACAAAAAAUGCCAACUCAUUCCGCCAACUUCUGACUGCAGCUUCGGUGGAGCCGGUUUUGAUAAUUUCGAGCUCAUUGGAUUUGCCUACAAGAAAUUCACUAAACGCGACAACGCCUUCCUGGAUUCGGCGGAGCUGAAGAAUAAGAAAGGGAACACGGUGCUCAGCAGCGGCAAUGGGUUGUCGGCGGAUACGUGCAGAAAUCUGUGCGAUAUCCAUCCCAACUGUAAAGCGGCGUAUUACACCGCCGCCAUGGGACAGUCGGGCUGCAAACUGUUAGCUAAAGCGGAACCGGUCAAAUCAGUUCCCAAUCCAACCUCGACGAACAUUGUGUUCGCUGCCGCAUAGGGAACACGUGAAGGAUUAUCACCUUUUGAAGUGGUCGGCUACUUAUUUCGGGAAUAGAUCGAGUAAACACAUAUAAUUUGCUAACGUGCCAAAGCCUGGUGGUAUUACGUCAGGCUGCUUAUCCUGGGUUGGAUUCAUACGUUGAAUAACAUUGAAUAACCAAAAGGCGGUAUAGCGUUUUCCAAAAUAAGAAAAAAUAGAAAUUUCCAAUUGCCUGUAAGAUAUCUCCAUUUGGAGGAGCUGACUGUCUUGGGAUGUGGCGUGCCAAAUAAACUUUAUUGUAAUUG